AUGUAUCUAAAUUUAUAAGAAGAAUUAGAGGCUUAAGUUCCGCAUUAAGAUUUCGAGAAAUGGGAAUAUAAUAAUUUAAAAUUAUAAAUGAUAAAUCAUCGGAUUAUUCAUAUUAUUUUAUUAAAAAAUACUUUAUAAUUAAUGUAAAUAUUUAUUUUUCUAAAUAUAUAUUUUUUUUUUUACAUAAAAUAAAAUAAAAAAUUAUUUGGAUUAUUUUUAAUUUCUUUAUUAUUACUCUUAAUAUUAUAUUUGUUCCUAUCAAAUAUACUUUUGUAAUAUAAAAUUUAGGUUUUUUAACUAUUUUAAUUUAAGAACUUUCUAUUUUUACUUUUGGAGCUGAAAUAUUUCUUACUUUUUUUACAGCAAAUUUUUAUGAAUUACAUAAAAGAAAGAUUUUUAUUUGAUUUAAUAAUAUUUAUUUUAUUUUGUAUUGGAAACAGAAAUAAUUUAUAUACAGAUUUAUUUAUAUUAUUAAAAGUUUAAGACAUAUUUAAUAUUUUAAGAGAAAUCGACGAGAGAUUUUAGUUCAAAGGAAAAAUCCAAAACAUAUACGAGCUUUCAAAAAUAAUAAUUUUUAUUUUAAUUUUUGCACACUUUCUAGCUUGUUGUUGGCAUCAAGCUGGUGUUUAUAGUUUUAACUAAGGAGAAUAAGAAACCUGGUUAGGUAAAACAUACUAAGAUCAUUAUAAUGAAAACAAUAACAAAUAAAUAUACAUUCAAAGUAUGUAUUGGGCAGUUGUGAGUAUGAUAACAUUAGGUUAUGGAGAUAUUAUACCUAAAAAUUAAAUUGAAAUGGUUUUUGUUAUUUUCGCUACUCUUUUAAGUUGUAUUAUAUUUGCUUAUGCAAUGAAUUCUAUUGGGGAAAUUCUUAAACAAAUGGGCAGAAAAAAACUUAUUCUUAAAUAGUAAAUGGGAAUUAUAAAUACCUAUAUGAGAAAAAGGUGUUUAAAUUAAGAAAUAUAAGUAAAAGUACGAAAAUAUUUUGAAUAUUUAAAUAAAGAAUAAAUGGAAGAUAAUGAAUAAAGUUCCUAAUUAAUUUUAAACAUGCCUUAAUCUUUAAAAGAAGAAGUUUUUUAAGAUGUAUAUGGAUAAAUACUUAAAAGCAAAAAAAUGCUAAAUUUACAUUUUUCGAAUUAGUUUUUAAUGGAAUUAUCUAUGUAAAUGAAAGAAAAAAGAUAUGGUCCAGAAGAAAUACUGUUAAAAUAAAAUAAUGUAAGCAAAAAUUUAUAUUUUAUUAUGAAAGGUAAAGGAGAUUUAUUUAAUGAAAUAAAUUUUUUUACUGAAAAAAUAAGCGAAUUUACAGCCAUAACGGGAAACGUGACUAGUUUAGCUAUUUUAGAAAAAUGCAGUUUUUUAUAAAUAAUAAAAAAGUUUCCAAAAGAUUAUGAAUAAUAUUGUUAUAUGAGAGAUAAUAUUAAACUCUAUGAAAAUAUUUAAGGAAUGGAUCAUUAAUGUGUUGGAUGUUCGAGCUAUUCGCAUACUUUAGAAAGCUGUUAAUAUGUAAAUUUUGUUAGAAAUAGAUAAAAAAUAUUAGCUUAUUAUACUAAAAAUAAUUAUUUUUUUAGAAUAGGAAUAAUAUUAAAAGAAAAAGAUAAAUUAAAUCAUGGAAUACUUGGAAAAAAUCUGAUAAUACAUUUAUUACUAAAAAAUAAAUUAAAUAAAAAAAAUAAUAAAUAAUGA